AUGUGUGGAUGGAAGCCGAAUGAAGAGGGAUCUCAGAUCUGGCAUACGGGAAGUACUGUCUUUGUAGACAGCGCUCACAGUAUUAUCAAGCCGGGAAAAUCAAGUGAGGAUUUUCAAAAAAAAAAUCGGUUUUACGGCAGAGAAAUAAAAUUUUAGUCAUGUAUUUUCUACCGAGCAAAAAAAAAUUUCGGGUUUCGGGCAAUUUUUGGCCAAAAAAUCUUGAUCUUUUUUCUGCAAAGCGCAAGCUAAAAGUCAAGCAGCUUCUGGAAACAUGUUGCUCUUAGUUUUGUCUAAUCUAACCUCUUCACUGCAAAUUUUCAUUUUCCAUUUCCUUCAGACGACCGUUUCGCUUUCGUCCAAGGUCAGUAUGGCUCUUCAGAGGGCGAGCUGAUCUCCCCAAUCUUACGGACUGCUCCUGGAAUGACCAAUCAAUUAAGAUUUAGCUAUUGGAAAUCUGCGUUUGAGCCAAUACUGGAUGUAAGUCGGAGAAAGCACAGGUGACGCAUACAUAGUAGAACCUCUGUACAAUAAAAAUUAUAUUAUACUCAUGCACUAUCAGUCUGUCGGGAAAAUAAUGUGGACUCGUCGCGGUUUGAAAGCGCCUAUUAUCGAUUUACGGCGUCUAACCGUUGUUGGAGAUUUUGAGCGCGAUUGCGCUCCAGGCUAAUCCACAUUUUUCCCGAUAGACUGAUGGUCCGUCCGGAGAAUCGAUUGAGGAUUUUUGGCGUUUGCACUAUGCUGGAAAAGCCAGUAUGCCAACGACAGCCUGAAAACGUUAUCUGCACGGUGCAAACGCAAAAAAUUGCACAUUGCAAAGCGAUCUUGUGUUUUUGCACAGUGCACGUUGCUGAAAUUACUCCAGAGACUUUACGAACGAACUAGUACGGCGAACAGUUUUAGAGGGCCUUAAAAAUCAAGUUCAAGACAAAAUGAACUUUUCUAUAGCAAUACCUCUUCAUAAUGACAAGAAUUUUAUAAUUCACAGCCGUUUGUUGUACACCGCACGUCAAACUGAGAUAAGCUAAAACAGUCCGGUGAAUGGAUUGGCAAUUUGCCAAAAAAAGACGCGAAAAAACGUUUUGUCGGGGGAGAAAUGGGGAAUUUUUGGGGCGAGAGAGUACGUUUUUGCGCGUCUUUUUUCUCUCUUUCUCUGCGAAAUAGACGAAGUGUAAAAGACCGAUAGCGAAGAGUCUAUUCGGGUCACCGGAAUCCUCAGUUUGACGUGCACCGGUUUUACUGCAGUCAAAAACUGUAUAUCGAACUUUCGGGAAAAUAAUGAGCACAAUGUUGCUGCGCCAGUCGCGUCGCUGAAGAAAAGCAAUUUGAUUUCGCUGCGACAAAAUUCAUUUUCCCGGCAGCGAUGCGACAGGGUGCACAUUAUUUUCCCGACAGACUGAUAGAAUCUGCACACAGUUAUCGGCAUUCUCCCCCAUCCCAACACAUUUUUAGAUUUGCCUGAAAUACAUUGCGGAGGACCGCUUGGAGUGCAUUGAUGCAAUUGUUGGCGGGGGCGAAGAGAAAUGGGUUAAACGGACAUUGGACUUGCCCAGCAGCUCCGAGCCAUUCAGUGUUGUUUUCCGGGCGCGUGGCAUUCACUCCAAAGAAGAUUUGAUUGGCCUGGAUGACGUUAGAUUGGCAUUACCGGAAGAUGAAGAUAAAAUCCCCGAGACGAAUGAAUUGGAGGGGUUCGAACCCAAGUAUAAUGUUAGUAUAGGAUUUUUUUACUUUUUUGAAUUUUUGAUUAUCUAUUUUUCCUCUAAAAAUCGCUAAAAAAUUUGCAGAAAGACCAAAAAGACGUCCCUACCAACGUACUCACCAGUAAUGUCAAGAAGCCUCUACUCACUUCCAAAGCCGUUAGCGACAAUUUUGGCAGAGAAGCGGCCGAACGGCCGAUCGGAAUCAACUCAUUUGAGAUGCGAAGGGCCCAGCCAGUAAUUCGACCUAACAAAAAUCCGUUCGAAAUGGACGAAGAGAAGCUGCCGCUUCAGGAUGAGUAAGAUAAACAUAUAAUAUGUAUAGUAAACCUUCUGUGCAGCAACCUCCACUAGGCCAAAAACUUUAUUUGUUAUAGAAAAGCUUCGUUGUAUAGAGACUAGUUUUGGUUCAAAAUUGACUUUUCAUACUCCCAAAAUUACUGGUUAUACAGGGUGUCCCAAAAAAAUGCAUUUUUUCAUGGGUCCUGACGCCAAGAACGGGACCGACUUCCUCGAAAAAUCCAAAAAUUUUAAGUCACGUUUGGAGCUCUAUAUCGCCCCCAAAGGCAGCCACUGUGAAACUAGCUUUGCAUGUUGUCAACAAUGUUCUAUGUUACUAAUAUUCGUGAUUAGUUUUGUUAAAUUUUGCUUGGUAUAUAAAAUAUAGCUAUAGAAAUAACAGGCAUUUUUUGGGACACCCUGUAGUUAGGAUUUUUUUAGUUGGUUCUAUAAUACAUAGACUUGACUGUAUUUUUACCGUCGUAUACUGAACGUUGCAACGCGUUCUCGGCGAUGAACAACAUCGCCGUCGAGAACAACGAGGCUUACUGUAGCUAUGACUUUCAGAGACAAGCCCAUCCAACUGUCGGAGCGAUCAUUCCCCGCGAACGAUAAGCAUGAGAAUUCGAUCUCAUCCCAUUUCCCGGACUUCCCUUCAUUGGACAGUAUUCAUAGAGAUGAAGGUGAGAUUCCAUCUAUGAACUUUUUAUUCUUUUCUCUUCAGACCACCAUUUGCCCGAGAAGAACAGUAAAUUGGUUGAUGACACGUUUUCCUGCAAGGCUGUGAAGUGCUCCUUCUUGGAGACGACUUGUUUUUGGUAGGUAAUAAUAAUAAAGCAAUAAGAUUACAGUAUCAAAAAAGUAAUACUAUGCUAAUUCGCCAAAUAUGCGGCUUUCGGAAGAGAAUGGAGCUAUUGGCUCAAAGAAAUUUUAUUGCAAAAAGCCUAUGUUGUCUGCCAAUUUGUAACGCCCAGCUUGGCCAAAAAGUAUAGUUAUUGAAAUUCUAAGGCCCUACAGUAACGACAAAUCUUGUUGGAAAGACGCUCCUCUGUAACUAUAUGUUACUUCAUUUAAUUAUUUUCUGGUUUUCAGGUCAUUAGACGGUAAAUGGAGGAACGGCGAUGGAAGUGUGGCAUUGGAACAAAAAGGUCAGGAGAAGAUGGUCAGUGGCGUUUUUCGCAUCCCUCCAGGUCAAUACUUUAUCGAUUUUGAUGUCUGGAUGAGGUAAGAGCAUUUUUGUGGCGUUUUUAUAAGAUUUUUGGAAAUUUCAAGUUUUCGUGGUGGGACCCAAAACUUUUAUGGAUUAUUAUAUGAAACAAUGUUAUUAUAUAAUUUAAGGAGUGCUAACUGUAAACUGUCGACUUUCAGAGUAUAAUUUCAGAAUUUUCGGUCCAUUUUAUACGAUGAAAAAUGUCCAAACUUUUAAAAGUUUUUUUUGCAAAAGUACUUUACAAUUUUUUUUACACACAAAAAAUAACGAUCUACAGAACAAUAAGAGCCAAGAUAGCAUGUUUACGAGAUUUUUUACAAAAAAUCGCCAUUUUUUAGAAACUUUUUAUCAAAAAAUAAAAAGUUCUGCAAAAAAUUUCAUUCGAAUUUUUCCAGCGACGACACUGAGCUAAAAGUAGUCCAAGUCACGGAAGAGAUUGGUGAAGAAGUUCAAUUCCAACGUCAAGGAGGAGCCAGCGAUAAAUGGCACACUUAUCGUGCUCCAAUUCACGGCUCAACGUUGCCAAUUCGCGUCGAAUUUCAUGCCAACCUGCCCAAUAAGGGUUUUUUGACUCUAUCAAAUACGAGAUUAGUAGAUCCUAGUGGAGAGGAGAUUGGUUGUGACACUCUGGGAAUGGCAAACACAAAGGCGAAAAAAGAGAAAACGAAAGGUUCAGAUGUUACGAACAGAGAUGGGAUGGUGGUGACAAAAGCAACGGUCGCUCCGAUGUUCCCAACCUUCCCUCCGCCGCUGUUUGGUAGGGAUACUUUGAGGGCGGGCCCACACUUGCGGGCAACCACUUUGCGGGCAGCUUGAAAAACCACGAUGAUUCUGCGGAGAUGUUUUGAAAUCAGCUAAAAUUUGCUUACAACUGGAAAUUCAAGCGAUGGGCUUGACGAUUAGCCGUUGCGGAUUAAGUUUCCACGUGUAUCAGUGGCUUGAAUAGUUAUCAUAAGCUUACCCAGGCAUUUUUUAUCAUUUUUUGAAAACAAACUCCCAUAAGUUUGAAAGCAGUGGAUGAAUUUAAUAGAUUUGUGUACUUAUCAGUACCAGGGAGUUGUCAAUGUAAAAUUUCUAUCUUACUACGUAGAUUACGGGAAGGAAAAAUUUGGUAUGGCAGUAGAGUAAACAGCCGGCUUUCAGAAAGUAUAAAUAUCGUAAGGGACCCCAUCGUAUAAACUUCGCAAUGACCAUUGAAAAAAUUUCAUUCUUAAAACUUCUGCAACCUGUCGUUCUGCAAUAACGGUGCAACAAAUAAGAAAUUGCAUCGCUCCAAGUGAACUCUUGUUUUCUCACAGUGCAUAAAUACUAUAAAUUUUGUUUCAGGAAAUCCCUUCCUCUUCCCGACGAUUGGAGUUCCAUUCCAUCCGCUGCCUCCGCCCGCCCCUCUGAUGGCCCCACCCCCAUUCAAUCAGCCGGGUUUCGGCCAAUUCGGCGGCUUCAACAACCUGAAUGGAGUUGAUGCCGCGAUCCAUCAGCCGGCCCCGCAAAUCUCGAAAUUGGACGGAAUAACCCCAAUCACUCCGAUGAAAGACUCUACGAUGAGAUUGACGGCGGUUCAGCAAGUAAGUGAAUGUCUUUAUAAGGGAGUUUUAGUCGACUGAAUUCAACGUAGAAGGCUCCACUGAGUGAUAUACAUAUUAGUAUUUUUAUAAAGUGCAUAGACAUUCUUCACUGUAUGUGUAAGCUUAUCAGGCUUCUAAAAAGGCGAUAUUGCCAAAAAACGGGGUUUUCUCUGUCCACUUUCCACAUUUUGCGUGCUCUCUCGUUGAGAAAGUUCGCCGAAAAUCUCGGCAGCUCCUGCAAACCGAUGCCUAAAAUUUUAAGAUACUUUUCGUAGUGAAGAUUCUUCUCUGUAGUGCCAAUGUAAAUGCUACCAGCCUGUCGGGAAAAUAAUGAGCAACCCUGUCAAUUCAAAAAUCGCAUCGCCGCCGAGAAAAUGACUUGUGUCGCCGCAAAUCCAUUUUUUUUACUUCAGCGACGCGACUGGCGCAGCGACAUUGCGCUCAUUAUUUUCCCGACAGACUGAUAACUCUUUUUUUCAGUUAAAAGAAAGCCAGCAAUUCCCCGGCUUCUCCUUCCCCACCCUCCCGCCAAUGCCUGCCUUGGGCGUUCCCAACAUGCCCACGCUCUUCCCUCCAAUCCAACUCCCACGAACUGAGCCCAUGAAAUCGACGCCCAAAAUCUCGUUCGUUGACGCCACAUCGUCCGAUCUGACUACGGAGACUUCAACGGAUUUGGACUUGGUGACAAAACCGACCAAAGUUUUCAGUCGACCGAAGACUGUGCAGAGCGUUCAACGGACCUGGGAAAGCCCUCAAAUGGACUCAAUUCAAAGCCAAAAUCAUAUUAUUCAGGACCAUCAACGGGAUGAAAUUUUGGGACAUUUUAUAAAGGUGAGUGGAUUUGAGAUGCUAUGCUACGAUAGUGGAACGGGUUGUAGUAUUUAUCAGUCUGUCGGGAAAAUAAUAAGCAAAAUUUUGCAUCGAAAAUCGCAUGGUCGCCGGGAAAAUGAAUUGUGUCGCGGAGAAAAUCAAAUUGCUUUUCUCUUCAGCGACGUGAUUGGCGCAGCGAAAUUGCGUUCAUUUUUUUCGACAGACUGAUACAGUGGCGGACCUGAUCAGCGUACCAUAUGGUACCAUAUUAUGUAUGCGGGAAGCAUCAAAAAAUCCAGUGGCAAAAAACGUACCAUUUUGCAUCCGGGAAGUAUCAAAAAUGUGGCAGAAUGCUUCCCUCUCCAAGUGAAAAAACCUUUUUUGAAGGGUCCCUCACAAAAAGAGCGGGCGUGCCUUUAAAAUCUCAGUUUUUUCACUUGGAGAGGGAGGUAUUUUGCCACAUUUUUCGAUACUUCCCGGAUGCAGAAUGGCACGUUUUUACCACUGGAUCAGGUCCGUCACUGUAGAACAAAAGAGUACGUUUUAUCGAAGCAAUUUAGAGGUCCGAAUUUUCGGCCAGCAGACAUGGCUAAUGAGGAACUACAGUAUUUUUUAGCAAUUUUUUUAUCGCAUUAUCGUUAUCGCAUCGCAAAAUGUUUCCGAUAUUACACCUGACAAUUACCGCUGACUUUUUCAAGAGUCCCUUGUGCUUUACAGCAAUUUUUUGAUUAAUUCCAGGACUCCAUGUUGAAUCCUAGCACUGUGUCGCAUCUGAAGCACAUGGCUUCUUUAUAUGGCUUCGACAGUAACGCCCUCUCCGACCCAAAACAACUCGCAAGGCUGCGCAGUGCGCUUGGCCCGGAAUUCUUGAAUCGCCUCCCCGAUUUGAUGAAAUUAAAGUCCAGAGGAGUUGUGGACGAGUCAACGAAUGAUGAAAAUGAAAUUGAAAACAAAAUACGACCAAUUCGACCAAUAAAUGUCAAUAAAAACGUGAGUUUUCCACCAAAACAUCUCAUUUUUAAUAAUUAUUUUUAGGAAUUUGAGAAGGUAAUGAAGCAACUUGAUCAAACCAGUCAAAUCGAAGCCAGCCCUCUGCUUCAGAAGCUCCUCAAGUCGCUGGGCGGAUCCUCUUCGGCGCCGGAUCCGUUCGGUUCCGCUAUAAACGAAAGCCAGAGAAAAUUAGUGUAA